CCCGGGGCAGUUGUUGACAUGUCGCUCAUAGAAAAGCAGAGACCAUACAGUCAAACUGGCGAACAGCUUAUUUUACAAGGGUUCUAAGCAGAGAGCCUUGACAAGUCAUCAAGUUAAACAUGGAAAUGUUAUCCCCGCUUAUAAAGAAAAUGGGCCACUCUUUAGUGGAAAUAAGAGUUCGAGCGUUGAAGAGCAUUUUAAGUAAACUGAAGCAUUCCCUCAUCACGGUGACUGACAUUGUUCAGGAAAAGAUGCUGUUUGUUUAUCUGCUUGAAUGGUUCAAUUUCCCGGAGGUGCCAAUGAAGGAGGACGUUCUUGGGUUGCUUUUAACUUUAUCAAAGCAUCCGAGUUCAGCCCAGAUGCUGAGGGAUGUCGGGGCGGUGGACUUUCUCUCUCAGCUUUCUUCUACAGUCGAGCCCAGACUGCGAGCUGUCAUUGAUGGAACCCUGGACCAGCUGUUCCAGCUUCCUGAGCUACUCCCCAGUCAUUCAGCUGUCUACUCUCAUGGAUCAUGCAGCACAACUACAACAGCCUCAACUAUUGUUUCAGGUGACAAUAAAUUGCCUAAAAUCGGUUAUUUCCACGACAGGAUGCAGUCAAACUCAAAUGCACCACCUCAGAAGAUAGCAGUACGUGAAUCUGUGAGAUGUUUGAAAUUUUCAGUUUUUCCCUGGCUGACUUUAACAAACACGGACCGACAUAUACUUUCUUCCAAUGAGAGUUCUUUGGGAAGCAGCGAUCCUAACAUGGUGCGGACAACCUGUGAACUCCUUUGUGAUGUUAUCCUGCAGGACUUUCCAGCAGAAAUCUUCCUGCAAAGGCCUGGAAUUGUUAAGAACCUUUUACUGCUGCUCAGGCUGGGUUCAGGUAAAGGAGAGGUCGGCUACCUCCGCUCAUCUGCCCUGUCCUGCCUGCGGCAGCUUUGCGUGGGACUGCAGAGGAAGCUGCGCUUUCAUCAGGAUCCAGGUUUCUACUCAGCAAAGCAGGAUCCGCUGUCGCAGAACUCGUCGUUCUCUUACGCCCAGGAGGUUCGGGGGAACCGGCGUUCACAGGCCUCCUCUCCUGCGGCUGAGCUCUCUCCUCGUCCCUCAGUGGUGGGGCGUUCAUCCCAACGAGCCCGGGGAGACGGUCAGGAUGGAGAUGCAGCCUCUAACAGCAGCUCGCACAGAGGUGGGGCAACAGUCCAGGGCCCCGAACAGACGCCCCGCUCCCCUGCUGAUGCGGCUCAGCUGCAGCUUCCGGACCUGAGCAUGGAAGAUGUACUGGAGCUUCAGUUACAGCAGCUCAACUUGGCCCAGUUUUCUGUUGCCACCAUGCAGCAUGCCAUACCACUGCUGAAGACAGACGGUUUGCAUGUGUUCCACCGUGUUCUGGAGCUGUUGUGUGAUGCUCUCCUCCUGCUCAGGGAUAGUGUUUGCGAGCUGGUCUGGGACGAUCGCAGCCUGGUGGGGAUGGAGCUGAAGGAGAAGCUGCAAGCCUGUAUGGAGCAACUUGGGGAUAUACUCUAUUUACAUCAAAACCAUUCAGCAGAUGAUCCUGACAGUUCCCAGGUUUACCACAGAAUGGCCUAUAUAGGGACUGCCAUAUUCACCAUUAAACUCCUACAGACCAUCCUCCCUCCUGAGAAGGCCAGUGAAAAUCUCCCGGAAAACACAGCAACGGCACUUUUCCACUUAAGCGUGGACUCAUCACUGGGAAGUUUAUUUCCCAGCAUGCAGGAGACGGCUGUGGCCUACUUGGAGCAAGUGAACUCAGACGGCCACAGCCUCUACAGGAGGAUGAACAGAGCUGCGCUUUGGAUGGAGUCCACUUGUAACUUCAUAAAGGAAGCACAAGCUGAUGGGGAGAAGAACUGGUUGGACCUUCUGGAACUUGCAGACCAAACCAUAGAUGGGCUUCCUUUUCAUCAGCACCUACCCAUCAUCAAGGAAUGUGUUCACAUGUGCUCUCACUUGUGGAAGUUUGAUCAGCCCAGCCCCCUCCUCCAAUCCGAGAGCCAGAAACUCUUCCUCAAGCUGCUGUCGCAUCCCUCACCGCCUGUCAAAACGGAAACAUAUGAGUGUGCUUUAAACCUGGUCAAGGACUGUCUUGGCAUCCAGAAUCUGUCGAGACAGGAAGCAGCAGCAUGCGAGGGUGUUAACUUCCUUCUCCACCGCAGGGUCCUGUAUGAAAUGAGUGCUUUUGGACUGCAAGACUCUGCAGAAAGGGUGAAUAUUGCUGCCAAGGAUAUCCUGCUCUUCCUCCUCAAGGGACGAUUAAUGAUGACAGCGCCAGCCUGGGACAGAUUCAAUGAGGCACUUUACCCGGUCAUACCCAUAUUACAGGGCUAUGCCAGCACUGAGGAGUCACUUGGAAAGGCUGUCCUGCUGAUAAGUGACAUGUCGGAUGUGACAAGAGACAACGUGUUCCCGACUACAGGCAAGCUGAAAGCGGCGCUCCGUCUCCUCUUCUCUAAACAGCCCACUGUCAGAAUAGCUGCAGUGCAACACAUCCUGCCCCACCUAACCAGCAGUGCUGAGGACAACCCCACUAGACCAGACGCAGAUCAAUCUCUGAUGACGUCCCUUCCCAACCUCUUCUGCCUCAGAAACCCUGUAGACGUCACACUGGACACCAGCUAUAAGUCCAUCCUAAAGGUGGAGGCAGUGGAGAAGCUGUUUUGCAUCCUGAGCUCAGACACUGUAGACCUGUCUAUCAGAAGAUCAGCAGCAGAACAACUUUCUGUGGUGCUGCAAGACACAGCAGUUCACUCCGUACUGAAGAAUCUAGGCAUCGCAGAGAAAGUUAUUUCUUUCAUCACAGACAGUGUAAAUGGCAACAAGAGCUUUGAUCUUCUUCUGGAGCCGUGUGCAUGCAUCUUGAGAAAGCUGGUGUACGCCGAUUCGUCUCUGAGGCACAGCCUGGCGCAAAACAACCUCCUGCUCCUCACACUGCUCAGGGCAUCAUUGCUUUUGAAGGAAAUAAAAGGCAAUGGAACCGAAACGGCCGUCCUAAUGUGUUUGCUGCUUUUUGAUGAGAUCGCCAGCAUCGAGACCUGGUCAGAGAAAUCCACCAAAGAUGCCUCUCUCUCAGCAUUUUCUCUACCGGUUGCAGCAGUUAGGAGAUACAACAUUCCCUUCCAAGCAGCGACUCAUCACGCCGUCAGCCCGUACUGCUGCAUCUUGGCUCCUUCCUCUGACCUUCUCACCCUAAGCUCCACCCGCCAAGCCUUGCAGGUGGCCUGGAAUGCUGCAUGGCAUUCUGGGAUAGAUAAUGUCCUGGAGAAAGUGCACAGUGUUGCUGGUGAUUCUCAAUUUCACCCUGACUUGAAGCUGUCGGAGUCACAGAUCUCGUCGCUCAGGGCAAUGCACCUCCCAGCUGCGCUGUGUGACUGCAUCCAAGCCAUCGUGACGGCAGAGGGACACAGAUCUGUGGCCUCUGCUCUGUCCAGACUCAACCUCUACUUGUUGUUUAACAGUCUGGCUCUACCUCAUGUUCCCACCCACAGCUGCAGAGACAUCCUUCAGUCCCUCAGUUGGCAGACAGUGUUGACCAGGUUUCUCCAGGUGCGUCCAGCCUGUGUUGAGGAUGAAAGGUUGCUGGUGGGAAUUGUGACAUUUUUGAAUGCCUACUUCAAACAAAUUCCCACAGAGCGUACCUCUGACCAGGAGGACCGCGACCUGCGCUGGAUACUGGAGCUGCUUCUCAACCAGGAGACUGCUGCUCUUCUUCAUUUGCUCCAUGGUGCGGAGACACAGAGCUUAGACGAUCCUGAGGAGGUAACGAAACAUGUCAGCCAGAGACUGCAGAGAGAGCUCACCAACUUCUUUAACACCCUAAUGAUCAGACUGUCAAAUACGACUGACAGGCUAUGUUUGGCAUUAGUGGGUCCCUUUAAGAGCCAGCUGGCACUGCGCUUGCUUCAGAGCUUGCGGUUGUCUGAUGCCCCGCGUUUUUAUGGCCUUCCCAGCCUGGAGAGGGCACUGCAGGGCAUGGUCAGCCUCACUGCCCAGCCUGGCUGGAGCUCCCACUGCCCUGACCUGGAGCCCAGCUCCCUCUGCUCCAAAUAUCUCAGCGGAUUAUUAGAGGUGAUCUCUUCCUUUUACGUUGAGUGGAGAGGGAACUCCCUGUCCUUCAUGGGGAAAGGUGUGACCAGGAACGCCAUUAUUUGCUUGCUUCACUUGUCCCAUGAGAUGAUGACGGAGAACAAGGAUAAGGACUUCAUAACUCAGUGGUCAUUCGGGAACGAUGGAACUGCAGAGGAAGUCAGUGGCUCUCAGCUGGGUUUGGCUUGGCUUGUCCCGCUUUGGGUGGACCGAGAUCAAGAGGUGAGGUUUGCCAGUUUGAGUUUAGGCGCCGCUCUCUCCUCCAUGCCCAGUGGCUGCCAGGCUCUGUCUGCCAGCUGUCAGAACAUCAGCGGAGGUCUGUGGGGCACGCUGCUUAACAUCCUUUUGGACCAACAAGAGAGCAGCAUGGUUCGCAGAGAGGCUGCGUUUAUCUUGCAGAACUUGCUGGUGAUGCCUAUGCCUGCCAACGGAGAGGAGGCCAAGGACUCCCACUGGCAGCAGCCCUGUGUCCAUGAUGAGGUAUCCGGUGUGUCUUUGGUGGGUCUUCCAGCACUGCAGGCUCUGCUGUACCACUGUCAGUUUUUCCACAAUGUGGCUCUCUCUGCCUCAACUUGCUACCGUGGCAGGUACACAUUCAACAUGCAGCCACAGCCUUUGGGGAGCCAUAAUCCGAGUCUUCAGGAAAGCUCUUUUUCUGAUUCAGACAAUUCUCUACUGCUUUUGAGAUGUGAGCCAGAACCUAGCAUCACCUCUGGAAGAAGUUCCAGCUCCAUUUCCACUUCAAGCACUGCAGUCAGCAACACGGCAAGUAAAGGUUCACGGCUAAACUCUCCUAAAGUUUCCUCCCCAGUGAGCAUCCCAGAUGUAACUCCUGCCAGACUGAUGGCUCAAGGUCAGAGUGACAGAGACACAAGCAACUCUACUCCCUCUCAGGACUCCCAACAAGACGAGCCCUCAGGCGUGGAAGCUGUUGUCGUGGUAACUCCUGACCUCCUGACAGCCCAGUGUGGCCUGCUGAACAAUCUGUUGGCCAUACUACCAGAUUUCACCCUCACUGCCAUCCAACAAAACCAGCUACUGCAGGUUCUGAGCAGUUUAGUAGAUAUCGAGCUCAUGGAAAAAUGUCUGACUGAGCUGAAGACACCCAGCAUCCUUCCUGGAACCAGAGAAGACAUCAAGCGUCAGUUUGUCACUGCACUCCAGUUCCUAUCAAGCUUUUCCAAACUGCUGCGAUCUUGUGUCACGGAGAGCAAAGAGCUGAUUGGCCAGACGGACUUCCUGAAGAGGCUGUCGUCUAAUCUUGUGGCUGUUCUCAUGCUGGACAUGAAAUCAUUAGACCCAGGUACGUGGGAUGUGGUUUGCUUUUGCUGGACGGACGUGUUUAUGCUUCUGGCCACUCUGGUGAAGAGAGGCAGCUCGGCAGUUCACCCAUCUGUCUCCGCUGCGCUGGGCAGACGCUGGCGGACAUUCACAGGAACGUUGUCGCAGUGUCUGAAUGAGAAAAAUGCAGGUGUCCUGCUCCACACUGUGGCUCUGCAGUUCCUCUCCACAGUUUUCACAGAGGAGACUGAGUUGCGCGGCACAGAGCUCAGAAGCUCAACAUCUAAGCACAGCAGCACCUUGUCAAAUGUCUUAAACGGUCCUGCUGCCAGCGAGCUCUGUGAACUGUUAUUGCAGAGCUUUGAGAAAAGGACCCUUCAAGACCCUUUAAAGAGGCUCACAGCUAGGGCUCUGAUGACGCUUCUAGCUUGCAGUCCAACAGCUCAAAGCUACGCUGCCAAAGCUGGUUUAAUUGACAGCAGUGUGGAGCAGCUGAAGCAGAUCCACUCCCACCUCCACCUGAAGUCCAUCCGACCUGGAAAAGCUUCUCACAGCAAAAAGGAAGUGGGCUAUUUAAAAGAAGUCAAGCUGACUGCAGAGAUCCUGCGGAGUGCUCUUUAUUGCAACAAUGAAUGCAAAGUGGCUGCUAUGGAUGCCCGUUUAACGCCAACACUCUAUGCUCUAUGGCCUUGGCUCUUAUUGGACGACCCCACAAUGGAAGCGGUGCUGGAGCUCCUAUGCGUCUACACAGCAAAUUGCCACCCAGCAUGCAGCUCCUUGUGUGGCAGUAGCCUCAGUGGGGCGCCAGGAUCUAAAGGCUCUUCCAACACGUCUCUGAUGAAUUCAGUGAUGAAGCUGACCUCUCUUGCCCCAGACAACAGCCCCAUCCAGAAUCUUUGCUUCUCUCUACUUACUAACCUGGCUGUGUCACGGGACUGUAGGUGCGCCCUGCAAAAGAAUAAUUUCCUUCAGAGCUUCCUGUUAGUGCCUUCCCAUAAGGCUGGUGCCAAGGCCACAUCGGUCGGUAGCGGUGGAAACCUCCUGAACCAGUGGCUGAGGCUCCUGGUCAGCCUGUCCUCCACAGAGGAUGGGCAGCAGAGUAUUCUGAAAGUAACCGGAAUCCUGGAACUGCUAGCAGAAUUGGCACCACACCGGCAGCAUGCGCUGCUCACCCUUCACAACCUCUGCUUCAGCCCUGCCAACAAAUCACACAUCAUGGCCAAUGAUAAAGCCAUGAAAGUUUUAUUGUCUUGUUUGGACAGUAAAGAGAUAGAAACCUGCUGUAUAGGAGCUUCUGCACUGUGGGCUUUACUGCACAACAAUCAGAGGGCGAAGGCUGCCCUGAAAUGUCCAUCCGUUCGAUUAAAAAUCCAGGAGGCCCUCACCAUCUUCAAGCAAGAUGCAGAGAAGAAGCAGGAACCUUUGGGUUCCCACCUGCAGAAGUGCCUGGAUCAUAUUUCACAGUUGCUAAACAGUUGAUCGAAAUAGACUUUUUUGUUUGUGUAGUUUUUCAUCAUGUUUUGUUAUUUAUCAGCUGGCAUUUGGUUAUUAAAGUUAGGUCGACCUUUUUUUCUGUGCAUGGUCUCGUCUUUCAGAAACUGGGUACAU